UAGUAUAAAUAAAGUUUAUAUUUUGUUUUGAUUUUUGUGGAGGAGGAAUCAGCGGGGGGAUGAUUGUGUACAUUGGACGAUCUUGAAUCUGUUGCUUCAUCGCCUGAGAGAUCUGGAAAGCUGAGACGAUGGCAGCGGGGACAAUGGCGACGGCGGCGGGGGCGGUGGUGGUACUGUACUACGUCUGGUUAAGGAAAUCUGCAGCCAAAGGUGUAGGAGGAGGCGGAGAAGAAGACGAAGACGAAGAUUUAUCGAAAUCGAGCAGAUCGGUGAAGAGGAGAAUAGCAAGAAGACCAGUUCAAGCGCCUGCCACGUGGCUAGAAGCAAUCGCCACGAUAUCGGAGACUCUGAGAUUCACCUACUCGGAGACUCUCGGGAAAUGGCCAAUCGGCGACUUGGCUUUUGGCAUCAAUUAUCUUAUGCGGAGGCAGGGAAAUUUGCAAGUGGCGAGUGUAUAUGCUGGAAAUAAUUGUGUGGAACUUAAAGGCCAAGAGAUUAAAAAGGAGUUGAAUAAUCUGCUAAGGUUGUUAACUCUUUGUAUGCUUUUCUCGAAGAAGCCGUUUCCUGUGUUUUUAGAAUCCGCCGGUUUCUCACUGGAAGAUGUUCUUCUUCACAAGCCCAAAGCUGGGCUUUUGAAGCCUGCUUUCACAAUUAUACGUGAUAAAAAUUCAAAGUGUUUCCUUCUAUUGAUUCGUGGUACUCAUAGCGUUAAAGAUACACUAACAGCAGCAACUGGUGCAGUGGUGCCUUUCCACCAUUCAGUUUUACAUGAUGGUGGGAUUAGCAAUCUUGUUUUAGGAUAUGCUCACUGCGGAAUGGUUGCUGCAGCUCGUUGGAUUGCAAAGCUCAGUGCUCCUUGCCUGCUCAAGGCCCUUGGUGAAUAUCCUGAUUACAAAGUCAAGAUUGUUGGGCAUUCGCUUGGAGGCGGCACAGCGGCAUUAUUAACAUACAUUCUUCGUGAACAGAAAGAAUUUGCCUCUAGCACUUGUUUUACAUUUGCCCCAGCUGCCUGUAUGACAUGGGAUUUAGCAGAGUCAGGCAAGCACUUCAUUACAACUAUCAUCAAUGGGUCUGAUUUAGUGCCUACAUUUUCAGCUUCAUCAGUUGAUGACCUUCGCACCGAGGUUACAGCAUCGUCCUGGUUAAAUGAUUUGCGGGAUCAGGUUGAACGUACUAGGGUCCUUAAUGUUGUUUACCGUUCUGCUACUGCUCUGGGUUCUCGUCUUCCCUCUAUAGCUAGUGCAAAAGCCAGAGUUGCUGGUGCUGGUGCUCUUCUUCGACCAGUUUCUAGCAGCACUAAGGUUGUCAUGAAGGGUGCACAGAAUGUCGCCCAAGCUGUUGUCAGAAGCCGCUCAUCUCUAUCUUCAUGGUCUUGUAUGGGUCCCCGCCGUCGUAAUGUGGGUCCAGCAUUGAGUCCUAAAGGGGAUGAUAUGACUGAAGGUUCAGUAAUAUCUGAAAGAAGUUCUGAAGCCCUUGUGACUGAAGUGGUUACAAUAGACCGAGUACAAACCAAAGUGGAAUGUAGUUCCAGUGGUGGUUCAGGGCGUGAUGACACAGAUGAAGAUGAAGCCCUGAUCGCAGUGGAUAGAGUUAUUGCUACUUCUUCGGCGGAUGAAAUCACUGGUGGUGAGUUGUGGUACGAACUAGAGAAGGAGCUCAAGAGGCAGGAGAGUGAAGUCGAUCUUCAGGCCCGUGCAGAAGAAGCAGCCGUGGCGAAAGAAAUUACAGAAGAGGAGAAUGUUCUUGCUGAUGUAUCGGAAAGUAAAAAUACCAUCCCUUCGUCGGAUGCCUCAGAGAACCUGCGCUUCUAUCCUCCGGGCAGGGUCAUGCAUAUCGUUUCUGUACCAUCAUCCUCUGACGCUGCUAACCUAGACGAUGAUGGUUCCAACGAUGAGCAUGUCGGUAUAUAUGAAACACCUCGAGAACUGUACAGUAAGAUCCGGCUAUCGAGAACAAUGAUUAAUGAUCACUAUAUGCCCAUGUAUAAGAAAAUGAUGGAAUUGUUAAUUAGUGAACUUGAAAAAGAUGAAGCGUGUAGCUAUGAAGUUUUACAAGAUUGAAUAACAUAGUAGUAAAAGAAUCUCAUUGCACAUUUUUCA